AUGUGGACAACUGGAACAUCCAGUGGAGGGAAUAGUGAAGGUGUAGGUGGCACGCCUGCUCAGGUGAGGGUAUAACCCCGUCAGGAAGGAUCGCGCACGAAAGCCUUAUUCCACGGGUGCUGUUUUGUUGUCUUUGUUUUGAUUCAAUACGUCAUGAAAAGAAUAGACAAGGGAUAGAAAAAAGCAAGAUCCCCGAGGUCAUAAAUUUGUUGAGAGUGGAUCGUAUAGUAGCCAGCACUGAGACUCGGGUUGGCCCAUGAAUGUAUAUUUUGUUGUUCAAUUUUACCAAGGGUUUAAUUUUCUUUAGUUUCAAACUCAUUACUAUACAUUACCAUACUCCCCAAAAAAAGAAAUAAAAAUUAAAUCAAGGGAUAAAAUUGAACAACAACAAAAAUAUCUCUUGUCAGUCCGCAAUAAAGUCAUCUAGCCACAAACUUUGUCCGUUGUUUUGGCUGCUUUCGCAGUCGUUUAAAAUGCUUUUGGCAAAUAUUUAACAAUUAUUCUUUGAAAUCGAGGUGAAUAGUGGCAAAAUAUUUACCGAGCCGCGAAAGCGGCGAGGUAAAUAUUCCCAAAGCCACUAUUCACCGAGAUUGAGAAGAAUAAUUGUUUUAGUAUAUACACACGAAGUGAUCUCAACAAAAUCAGAAAGGAAACCAUUCAAAAGUAGGAUUUGAUUGACAGAUCAAAUCACGCGUAAGUUUAAAAAUAGAUCUUUGCAGAAUUUUCAAACAUGGCAAUUCACAAGUUUACUCAUUUCGCAAACAACAGCGUAAUGGCUUCAAUGGAAUCGCUAAAAGUUUGAACUGUUUCCUUACCUGAGAAAAAAAGUAGAGCUGUGUUGUUUUCUGUUAACUCGCCAAGUUUAUAGCCAAAAGGGCAUGUUGUGUCGUUCUUCGCAUGAAGUGCUGACAAAAAUGGCGGCUCGGUUGCUCGAGGUAAGAGGUCGUCUUCCUGUAUCAUUCUUUUUCCUGUUUACUUGAAAUGUAGAAUUUCUGCAAACAUUUCCUUUUAAAUUUGUUUGUCAUAAAUAAACUUCGAUUUUUGAGCCAAAAUUUUCUUCUUAGAAAACGCUGAGUUCACGAAACGGCUUCUUCUACGCGAAUACACGGGAGUCGUAAACAAUCCAUCGAGCACAAAACUCCUGCUACAGUAAAUUGAAAAACGCCGUAUUGAAUCCUUCCAAGUCUUUUCUUGCCUUAAAAAAAGUCAGCCCUAGGAUUUUGUCGACUUUUAAAAGAUCGUUCUCUAAGAAAAACGGGAAAAACACCGAGCUCAGACAUUAUCCACUCGCUAGGAGGUGAAUAUUGUUGAAUAGUCCGAGAUAGCGAACCAAUCAGAUUGCUUAAAUCACCAAGAUCACUGAGUGUGUAUAUACUAAACACAUUUAGCCAGGGGUAAAAGCGAAGCUCCCAAUAAUAAAUUUAUAAUUUAAAUCAAACAAUAAGCUUGUAAUCCACAAAUCAGUUAACUUAAGAGCGCAUAUGUGACUUUUUAGGGAAAGCUAAGGCUAAGUGAUUUUAGAGUGAAAAAAAAAAUCUUACAUCCAGUUGAUGGCCGUACAUAUACACCCAAAAAACAGCAAUCAUCUUCGAUCACAUUUAAGAGUCAUAAUGGCUCUUGACCACAGUAGAUAAUUAGGCCUGAAAAACGAAUUCUUGGAAAACAAAUCAGGCCGAAUUUUUUGCGUUCGACAAGUUUAAUUAACAAAAUCUUGCCAACAAAUCUGGGUGCGUGUAAACCAACAUUUCAUACUUUGUAUACAUCACAUCUGAGGUGAAACAGCAAUAUGAGGCGCUGUUUUUAUCAUACAGACCUCAGACAAAAUGAAGUAUUUCAAAAUUUUUCAAGACAAAUUGCGCUCAUUCAAUUUUCAGAACCGUACGAAGCACGCGUGGGCUUUUGGAAAAACCGUUCGAAAAAUUUCCAAAAUCUUUUAUACGGCCAGCUGGUUCUCACUUUUGACAAGCGUCAAGUUUUCAGUGGACAUUAAAAGAGUUACGCUUCAACAUAAUAAAGAAGUUAUUGUCUUUUUUUUUUUAUUUAGUAAUGGUUUUAUAACGAUGUGUAGUCUUAAAAAGCGUUUGAUUUAUGCGCUCGGCAUUUUGAGUACUCCCGCAAGCGAUGUUUAUGAACGACUGAAAACAAACGGCAAAGCAAUUAAAAUUGGAAGAGACUUCUAACAAUCAAUAAAAGAAAUGUAAUUCGGUGAAACAUUGACAGAGACAACAAUUUUCAUUCACGAAGACAAGUAUUAAAGCGUCUCUAAAAAUCCUGAGAAAGCUUUUAGCCAGCUUCCUGGUGUUUACUGUUUUCAAAGAUGAACUCGGGGCAAGAAAAUCGCUCAAAGCUUUAAAUUCUUUCUACAGCCAAAAUUAUAAUUAAAUACUCUUCGGAACGUUUUUUUCUUUCCAUUUGCGGCGAGAAAAUAUCGACUAAAGGCUUUUUAAAGUUCUGUAAGCUUAUUUCAAACCUCAUACUAGAUCCGAUCAUUGUCUCAGAUCUUAAUAAUAUAUAGAUUUAGCCAGGACUAAAAGCGAAGCUCCCAUUAGUAAAUUUGUAAUUUCAAUCAAACAAUAAACUUGUAUUCCACAAAUCAGUUCACUUUAGAGCACAUUCAUGUGACUUUUGUUUUGAAGGAUUAAGGCUAAGUGAUUUGAGAAGAAAAAUAAUUUGCUAACAGUCCAAGAGUGCACCAAACCUUACAUCGAGUUGACGGCCUUUAUAUAUACACCCAAAAAAUAGCAAUCAUCUACGAUCACAUUUAACGUCGAUAAUGGCUCUUGAUCACAGUACAUUAGGCCUGGAAAACAAAUACUUGGAAAGCAAAUCCGGCAGAAUUUUUUUCCGUUUGACAAGUUUGCUUUACAAAAUCUUGCUAACAAAUCUGGGGGCGUGUAAACCAACCUUUUAUCUGACAGUCUGAGGUGAAACAGUACUAUGAGGCGCUGUUUUUAUCAUACAGACCCCAGACAGAAUGCAGUAUUUCACAGUUUUGAAAUAUAAAUUACACUCAUUCAAUAUUCAGGACGAUCGAAGCACGCGUGGGCUUUUAGCGAAACCGCUAAAAAAAUUCCCAAAAUCACCUUUAUAACGGCCAGCCAGUUGCAAGCUGUGGAGUGUUUGAAUGAACAUUAAUAGAGUUACACUUCAACAUAAUAAAGAAUUUAUUGUGUGUUUUUUUUUAUUUAUGGGUUUAUAACGAUGUGUAAACUUAACAAGCGUUUAAUACGCGCGACGUUUUGAGUACUCCUGCAACUGAAAACAUUAACGGCAAAUUGCAAGAGGGACUACUAACAAUCAAUAAAAGAAAUAUAAUUCGGUAAAACAUUUACAGAGACAUCAAUUUUCAUUCACGAAGACAAUUAAGUAUUAAAGUGUCUCUAAGAAUCCUGAGACUUAAUGCUUAAGGCCUAAGUUUAUGUUUUAAAGCCGGCUUCUCGGUGUUUGCUGUUUUCAAAGAUGAACUCGAGGCGAGAAAAUUGCUCAAAGCUUUCUUUCUACAGCCAAAAUAAAAACGCAACGUUUUUUUCUUUCUAUUUGCGGUGAGAAAAUAUCGACUAAAGACUUUUUAAAGUUCUGCAAGCUUAAAUCAAAUUUCAUACUAUAGGUCAGAUUAUUAUCUCAAAUCUUAAUUCAAAUAUGCAUAAACUCUAGCCUCAUAAACUGCGCUCGGCUUCAUGAAAUUAGAUAUAUGAAAAAAACAAACACAAAUACAAUAAUUACUCAGGCAGCUCCUGGAAGCUACAUCGCUUCAGACUUUUCAAUCAAGCAAGGUGAAAAACGAAAACGAAUCGAUGCCAUCCGAAAUCGGAUUUCCUACUUUGAAAGGCGACGUAUUUCUCAACCAAAAACCCAAUAGACAAACUAGCCAUGAAUAACAGAAGACUCUUGAUAGUAGCUGAAUUUCAUUUCGUACAUCCAGUAGAAAAAGACAGUUAAAAACAUCACAAGUUGACACAAAACUCUGUCAGCUUCAGCUGUCACAGUAAACAAGUUUCAAGGUGCUGCAUAAAUUUUCCGCAUGAACUCGCCUGUCAAAUUUUGACCAAUCAGAGCAUAAAAAUUGGACGUAGAGCGUGACCAACGCGUUCACGGACGACUGAAAACAACAACUGGUAAAGCGAUCAUGUAAGAACGAGAUCUUGACAAACAAUCAAGACAAGAAAUAUAAUACGAAGAAACAUUUAAAGGUCAACAAUUUUUAUUCCCGAAGACGUGUUUUGAGAGUAAAGCUGAGUCACGAAUAGAUUUAAAUUAAGCCUUAAGUUUUAAGCCGCCUUCGCAGUGUUUGCUAUUUUGCAAGAUGAACUCCAGGCAAGAAUAUCGCCCAAAGUUUUCUUUUCACAAACAAUAGGAUAACUAAACUAUUUUUCAGAACUUUUUCUUCUAGUCGCGGACAGAAAAUGUCUAAGGACUUUUUAAGUUCUUUACUAGGUCAGAUAAAUUGAUUCAAACCUUACAAAUGUGCGUAAAAUGACGGCAUAAACAUGAAAAAAGAAAACACAUAAAAUGCAAUAAAAUUGCUCAAGCUUACCGGUCGAGAUGCAGCACGGAAACCCAUCAAGUAACGCCAGAAUCGCUUAAGAUUUUUCGCAUGGUCCAGCAAGGCGAAGUAAGCUUACUAAGAGUAGCUUAUUUUUGAAAACGAUGAUUCCCGAUUUCUUUUUGUCGUGCGGUGCAUUUCUCAACCACAACCCAGUAAACAAGCCAGCCAAGAAUAACAAAAGAAUGUUGAUAGCUGCUGUAUUUCAUUUUGUAGAUCCAGUGCAAAAAGACAUGUAAAAACAUCAAAAGAUGACUCAAAACUCUGUCAGCUUCAGCUAUCAGUGCUUUGAGUGAACAAGUCGCAGAUGCUGCAUAAAUUUUCCACUUGAAUCCUCUUCGCUAGCGCGCCUGUUAAUUCUUACUCUAUGCCCUUCUCUCCUUCUCUUUCCCGUCGCUUUUCACUUACAAGGAAAUAGUUUGAAUCCAAUCCGCUAUUGUUUGUUGCCAUAACAAUUCCUUCGAAACAGUUUACUAGAAACUGAGCUCUCCGAACACAAAAUCCUUAUGCAAUGAAGUAGUUCCGUUGAAGUAAACAGGUUUUUGAACGCGACGACAGCCACGUCAUUUCUUGCGCGAUUUCCCGCCAAGAAACAGGUGGGUUGCACAAAUGCAUCGCGCGAUUUAUAACAUACUCCUCCCCCGGACGGGAUGACACCUGAUUCCCUUCCCUGCCCCGCAAAGAGUGUACGGGCGUACGCUACGUCAUAACCAAAUUUUCUCGGAUGGAUGGUUUACCAAAUUUUAUUAUCCAUGGUGCUCCGCUGGCGCGCUUCGCGCGCCGGAGCUCCGCUACAAACGCUGUGGCUAUGUGCAUAAACUGGCCUCAUAAACUGCGCUCGACUUAUAUAUGAAAUUAGAUAUAAAAAACAAACACAUACACUGUAUACAAUAAUUACUCAGGCUUACCAUUCGAGAUGCAGCUCCUGAAAGCUACCAAGUAAGGCCAGAAGCGCUUGAAGGACUUUUCAACCCGCAUCCAGCAAGGUGAAAAACGAAAACGGUGUCAUCCGAAAUCGGAUUUCAAACUUUGACAAGCGGUGCAUUUCUCAACCAAACAUUCAAUAAACAAACCAGCAAUGAAUAACAGAAGACUGCUGAGAGCAGCUGUAUUUCAUUUUAUGCAUCCAGAGGCAAAAGACAGUAAAAAACAUCACAAGUUGACAAAAAACUCUGUCAGCUUCAGCUGUCAAAGUAAGCAAGUUUCAAGAUGCUGUAUGAAUUUUCUGCAUGAACUCACCUGUCAAAUUUUGACCAAUCAGUCGCCCCAUGUAAGGGAAUCCAAUUUUAAGUUUUUCGUUCGAUUAAUCUAAACCAAAUCUCCAUAUGAUUAGGGAUCGAGGAUCGAGGAGCCGAUUAAGGAUGACGUAAAAUUUAUAUUACAUUCAAAUUUAUGAUUGAGAAAAAAAUCAAUUAGCGGGCUUAAAACUAUAAAGUUAACGUUCCUUUUAAUUUGUUCAUGAUCGUGACUUGCUUCCCGCCACGUUCAGUACAGUCCACAGAUCGACAUAAACGAAAAAUCAUGCAGCUUUGCCUUUGGCACGUUUAGAUCUACCACAGUCAGCUAAAAAUUGGUAUAAAAUUUCACAACACAAUAUUACAGGUACCUUUCUCUCUCAGCCUUUUGCUUUUGUUUGUGCUUUCUCAUAACGUCUGUUUUUUAGUGGAAAAGAAAAAUCCAACAAACAACAACCUUCAAACUGGUCUGAUCGAAGAGGUGGCGAGAUUUCACGCGAAUGCCGGAGAUGAAUGAAAAAGGCACCCACCGCGUCCUUGCACGUGAUUACUUUAGUGACAACUGAUUGGUACGGUUCUGACAGUUCCUGGCUUUUUUCUCAAAUAAAGAUUAUCGAAACCAUGAAAUUGUUCUCAGCGAAACUACUAGGGCCAAACUAGGCACUAGGAGACUGUGAAUUUCUUUUUUUCUUUUUAGUUAAACUGUUGAACGUAGACGUUUAUUUUGAAUUGUAAACCAGGAGGACAAGGAAGGUUCAAGAAAAGGUUCACCCCUUGUGCACCUUUUCCAGUCCUAUACCAGGUCAAAAAGCUCGCGUAAAAUCGCUUUCGAUUUUUUAAAGUUCAGCGAAGCGAGUGAACACCAGAGAGAAUCAAACAUAUCCAGAGAUCGAAGUUAUUCAUAACAAUUCAAUUUGUACCUUUAAAAGGCUGCGCUGUGUUCCCUUGAAAACCCCCAAAUUUUGUGAUCCUCCCAGCCGCUCAUAACCAAGGGUUCCCUCGCUAUUAUAGAAUUUUAAUCAUGCGACCGUGACCUCGACCUUUCAUAUGGAGCUCGUGAACUAUUGUUUUGACACCAGAUAUGCUGAUAUUAUGUCGUCACAUUCAGGUUUAUACCCUGGGGAGGCUUUCCAUACAUGGUUUUUCUUUCGAGCGAGCGGCUCAAUUUAAUCUGGAGUGGAUCUUUAGUUAGCCUGUGCCAGGCUCUCGGAUAGUAUGGUGCGGACGUAUUAAAAGGAGCUCGCAUUUCUUUUUACUGAACGACUUUUCACCACUAUCCCGGAGCGUGGAACAGGCUAAUCUUUAGUAAGUUGGAUUCCAGAUUCCAAUCUUUAGUAGGAUUCCGGAUUCUUAGUGCUGUAUUCCGGAUUCCAAAGCCCAGGAUUCCGGAUUCCACAAGCAAAAAAUUCCUGGAUUCCGGAAUCCGGAUUCCCUUACAUGGGGCGAAAUCGGAGCAUAAAAAUUGGACGGUCGUAAAGCGUGAUCAACGCGUGACUAUGGUGAGAAAAGUGAAAAGCCUCUGUCUUCCCUGCCUGUAUUUUCACUGUAUUUUUAAAUGACUGGCUGAAUUUUCGCGUCCGAGAUCAGUUUGAAAUCAGAAUGUUAAUAGCGCGGGGCCACAGUGACAUUAACACAACACUUUCUGUCAUCAAGUCAUUAUUUUGCUGCUGUUCUCUUUGCCUUUGUAUUUCUCUUUCGCGUUGCCUUUGUCUAUUCAUUUUGUCUCGUUCUGCUCGCCGGCGUUGUUCACUAUAAUUUUCUCUCCUUCUUGUCGCCCUAACUCUUUCUACUUGCCGACUUUCUUCGCUAAAAUUUUGUCUUCUUCUACUUCUAACGCGCUCUCUUUGGCGAUCGUCUUCGCUUGCUCUACGCGUGUUGACUCUUGCUCUCUGGCGUUCACCUUCUCUUUGCUUUCUGCUUAAAACCUGUCGUCUACACGCUAAAAUCUCUCUGCUGUUGUUUGUUGACAUAAUAGCUUUCGUAAGUUGUAAUAAAAAGUUAUAAUAAUAAUAAAAAGGCUCUGUCGAAAAAUCUUUUUGCUAAGUUGCUUUGAAAUUUCUUUCUCAAUACCAGUUGCGCGAUAUAAUUGCGCGACGUUGCGCCAUGCGAUUUCCCGCCAAAAAAUUUCUACUUUCCCCUACCCCAAGAGUCCAUGCGGACUACUUUUCACUACCCGGAAAGUCCGUACGGACGGACAUACGCUGACGUCAUAACCAAAAUUUCUCGGAUGGAUAGUUUGCCAAAUUAUCUUAGUUAUGGUGCUCCGCUCGCGCGCGCUUCGCGCGCACAAGGAGCUCCGCUAUACAUUUCGUCGUCAAAACUAUUUUAAAGAGAACAUUGAAGCAAUUUGGAUCAACAGUUUCAACAUAAGAGUGAAAAUCGAAAGACAAGAAAAUUUGUCAGAGCGACUCACUAACCAGUUUAGUUAGUUUAGGCAUGUUUGUCGGAACACAGUGUUUCAGCUUGGCUUUCUACCGUCAAACGUUACCUUUUUUUCUGGAAUCUACUUUGAAUUCAUAUUACACUGAAACAAAUCCCAAACUACUUUGCGCUUUUCAUACUGAUGGAUCAAAUACUGGUUUCAGCUCUGUACAUCGAUCGGCCGUUAAAUCCGAAUGAAAUGCCGUGUUUUUCUUUCCCUUUCUUUUCAGUUCCUUUUUUUUUCCAUCCGGCGACUAAAAUAUUGCCAAAUAUGCUUUGUACUACGCAUUUAGGAAUGCAAAUAGGAAAGAGAGACAUGAUGCACCAAACAAAAAGAAAACAAGGGAGAAACAAGUAUGAGUCCUCAGGACGUCGAUGGCAAACAGUUUCCAGCCCCGUCCAGCAGGGCUUGACUUGAGUGGCACACUGAGCCUCGCAAGCCUUUUACGAGACACAUGUUAAGUGCGUUUCAGUACCGUUGAAUUCACGUUAACCCGAACAAACACACACAAACACACAUUGAAUUAAUUUUUCUCACCGAUGGAUCAAAGAGUGCUUUUAUCAUCCGUCUCCAGUUUUCGCCCAAGUUGGAGGUGGCGCAAGGAGCACGAUGACACUUUCAGACUAAAAUAAUGGUUUUAUCUCGGUCUCGAUCGGCCUUUGAAUUCGAGUGGAAUUUGCAUCCGAACUUGCCUUUUUUCAUCUGGCGAGCUGAAUAAUUUUAAAUAUGCCUGGCAAUUGGUAUUUAAGAAUCAAAUAGGACAAUAAAAGAAAAGAAAAAGCAGAGGGGGGAAUGUAGAAGUGUUCACGACAGGACAUUCGAGGCUGGUCACUACUGUGUUUCUAACCGCAAAUGGCACUGGGCUUAACUUAAAAGACUUUUAGACUCAUGAUUUUCUUUUUAAACAAGUGUGCCCAAGUCCAAGAAUAAUAAUUAAGUACUUUGGGGUAAUUAAGGCCAAGAUGCGUACGGUUUUCAUGUAGACUUAAUAGAAUUGUAGUUCUAUCCGUUGUUUUAUAGGCCGGCUUCAACGCUGGCAAUGGGACCAGUUUCUUCCAGAUUAAAGGCUCACGAACAAGUGCUAUUGCCAAUCUUCCAUCCACUUCAAAUGUGGCUGUGCCAGGACGGUGGAUUUUCAAAACUGACGAGGCCCAGUGUGUUACUACAGGUAGGCAAGACUCGGUUUUUCGCCUUAUCGCAGGCUGCGGGGUAUUCUAUUAG